AUGGACGCGGCCGCCCCGGACGAGCCGGAAGCCGGCCCAGCGCACGCGGGGGGCCCCGCGGCCGGCAGCCCCGCCCCGCAGCCCCCGCAGCCCCCGCAGCACCCGCCCCGGGUGGAAGAGUACCCCAAGAUCUGGCUACCUCGGGCCUUGAGGCAGACAUACAUCCGGAAAGUUGGGGACACAGUGAACCUCCUAAUCCCAUUCCAGGGCAAGCCCAGGCCUCGCGCCACUUGGACACACAAUGGCUGCGCCUUGGACAAGAGCCGUGUGAGUGUGAGAAACGGGGAGCGCGACUCCGUCCUGUUCAUCCGCGAGGCCCGGCGCGCGGACUCGGGCCGCUACCAGCUCCUUGUGCGGCUGGGCGGGCUGGAGGCCGCGGCCACCAUCGACGUCCUGGUGAUCGAGCAGCCGGGGCCCCCGCAGAGCAUUCGGCUGGUGGACGUUUGGGGUUCCAGUGCUUCUCUCCAGUGGACGCCUCCCCAGGAUACAGGCAAUACAGCAUUGCUGGGGUACACUGUGCAGAAAGCUGACGCCAAAUCUGGGCUCUGGUUCACAGUGCUUGAGCGCCAUCCCCGCACCAGCUGCAUCGUCUCGGGCCUCAUCGUUGGCAACGCCUACGCCUUUCGUGUCUUUGCGGAAAACCAGUGCGGGCUCAGCGACUCGGCGCCCCGCACGGCGGACCUGGCCCACAUCCAGAAAGCAGAUACUGUGUACAAGACCAAGAGGUUUGCCCAGCGGGACUUCUCCGAAGCCCCAAAGUUCACCCAGCCGCUGGCGGACCGCACCGCUGUCGCUGGCUAUGACACUCGGCUCUUCUGCUGCGUGCGCGCCUCCCCGCGGCCCAAGAUCACCUGGCUGAAAAACAAGGUGGACAUUCAAGGCAAUCCCAAGUACCGAGCCCUCAGCCACCUGGGGAUCUGCUCCCUGGAGAUCCGCAAGCCGGGUCCCUUCGAUGGAGGCAUCUACACUUGCAAGGCCGUCAACGCCCUGGGGGAGGCGUCGGUGGACUGCAGGGUGCAUGUGAAAGAGCCUCCAGGAAGCCUGACCGUGACAAGAGUCUCUUCAUAAGGAGCUUUAGUGCAAUGCCUGAACUGGACUAAUCGAAAUAAAUGUGUGGAUUCUCAAUG